AUGGGGCUGGUUCGCCAUCACGCGUUGCUUAGCCGCACAAGGCUGUUUGUUAAGAAGGACGUCGACCCCUCCCUCAUUUCCACGACGGAGGCAGUGAAGCGAUGGCUGGAGGAAGCGAGCAACGACGGCUGGCUUGUUGUCUACAACAACUACGAUCAUGUCAGAUUCAAGGGCCGCCGCCACGGUACGAAUCAAAGUGUCCAACCUGCCGCUAAGAGCGCGGCUGUCUCCAGCAGGGAAAACGAACCAGAAGCAGCAGAUCCCAUGGCGUACGACAUCCGCCCAUACCUCCCCAAGGCCGACCACGGCGCCGUCAUCAUCACGACUCGAUCCUCAACAGUCAAACUUGGGCAGUUUAUCCGACUGAGAAAACUAGGGGACAUUAAUGACAGCUUAGCAAUACUGGAAUCAACGUCCAACCGUGUCCAUCUCAGCCAAGGCAAGUCGGUCGCCAAAACUAGAAGAAGAAGAAGAAGCAUGAAUCUUGAUGCUUUGGCGCUUGCGCGACGCCUUGACGGUCUGCCGCUUGCUCUCUCAACGGCCGGAGCCUACCUGAACCAAGUGUCGACGACUUAUGCCAAGUAUCUCCAGUUAUAUGACAAUUCAUGGCUGCGUUUGCAGAGAGAGAGUCCGCAACUAUUGGAUUACGACCAAGCGUUAUAUUCUACGUGGGAAGUCUCGUUCAGACAUAUCCAGCAGGAAAACCAAAGUGCAGCCACGCUCCUUCAACUGUGGGCAUACUUGGACAAUGAGGAUGUAUGGUAUGAGCUACUGCGAGAGGGGGCGCUUGAGGGACUGGUUUGGCUACAGGAGAUGACAAAGGAUGAGAUCAACUUUGACGCAGCAAUGAGAGUUCUCUGCGAACAUGGACUUGUGGAGGCAUAUUCUCCUACAAAAGAGUCUGGCAUAGAGUCACAGGGUUACAGUGUGCAUGGAUGCGUCCAUUUAUGGAUGAUACACGUGCUUAACACAAGAGUAGAUGAGGAGGAGAUGGCUUGGAUAGCAAUGAGAUGUGUAGCAUCUUAG